AUGGCUUGUACCAAGCAGACCGCUCGCAAGAGCGCCCCUGCCACGGCACCGGCGGCGUGGAGAAGCCCCAACCGCUACCGGCCCAGCACCCUGGCCCUGCGCGAGAUCCAGCGCUACCAGAAGUUCACCGAGCUGCUGAUCGAGGCCAGCGAGGCCUACCUGAUGGGUCUGUUUGAGGACACCAACCUGUGUGUCAUGCACGCCAAGCGAGUCACCAUCAUGCCCAAGGACAUCCAGCUGGCCCGCCGCAUCCGUGGUGAGCAGGCGUAA